CACACCAAAAACCACUCAUUUCCAAGCCUCCCCAGCCCAUCGGUUCUGCACACACGCAGUAUAUAGUAGUUUAUUCGUGAGCUCCAUGAGGAGGCUCCUUGGCUUUCUCCUUCCUCCUCUGUCUACCUCGCUAGCACCACGUUACUAGUAAUCACAUCAACCGCGCGAUCUGAUCUGGUUGAUCAUGGAGGAGAACUAGCUAGCUAGUUGAUUCUUCAUCCCUGUAGUGUGUGUCUUGGCUUUCUUGAAGGUUUCUUGAGACAUGGCAUUGGAGGCCGUGGUGUUCUCUGAAGGACUCUUUGGCUGCUGGGCCAUGGCGUCUCCAGGAGAAGCAGUAGGAGGUGGAGGUUGCAGCUGGGUCCAUGGGUAUGGCGGCGCCAUGGAGGGGAUGAUGGACGUGGAAGGAGGCAGUGCCGCCGCCUACUGGGACGUGGGCGCAAGCUCCUCCAUGAUGAUGCAAGGGGUUGAGGAGCCAGCCGACAGCUCUGCCGCGCCGCUGCCGGAGCAUGGCGGUGGCUGUGGAAAUGCAGCUGAUGGUACCGACUUCGCACGGGAGGGAGCCGCGGCUGCAGGGAGGCGGAAACGGCGCAGGGCGAGGAGCGUCAAGAACAGGGAGGAAGUGGAGAGCCAGAGGAUGACCCACAUCGCCGUCGAGCGCAACCGCCGCAAGCAGAUGAACGAGUACCUCGCCGUGCUCCGCUCCCUCAUGCCGCCGUCCUACGUGCAACGGGGCGACCAGGCGUCCAUAAUUGGCGGCGCAAUCAACUACGUCAAGGAGCUGGAGCAGCUUCUCCAGUCCCUGGAGGCGCGGGAACACGAGCACAACCUGUCCCCCGGCGCCGGUGACGCCACGACAGUGCCCUUCGCCGGCUUCUUCACCUUCCCACAGUACUCGAUGAGCGCCGGCGCCCGCUCCACCACCACCGCAAACACGUCCGCUGCAGACGACUGCAAUGCAGAUGGCGACGACGCUGCUUCGGGCUCAAGGCAGUCGACCGUGGCGGACAUCGAGGUGACCAUGGUGGAGAACCACGCCAACCUGAAGGUGCUGUCCCGGCGGCGGCCGAGGCAGCUGCUGCGACUGGUCGCCGGGCUACAGGGCCACUGGCUUACCCUGCUGCACCUCAAUGUCACCAGCGCCGGCCAGAUGGCCCUCUACUCUCUCAGCCUCAAGGUGGAAGACGACUGCCGGCUCUCGUCGGUGGACGACAUCGCAGCGGCGGUCCACCGCAUCGUCGAGGCGAUCGAGCAAGAGGGGGAGGAGGAGUAGGGCUGCAGCGACCUGAGAUCAGAGAUGAAAUGCAACAGUGAACGCAUGUAAUAAGCUGUUACUACUUCUACGCUUUGAGGUUUAAACUGAUUUGUGUGUGUUGCUCCUUGCUAGUACGCGAUUGCUGAAUUUAGCAACUUAGGGCCAACUAUAU